GGCAGGUCUCCGAGGCUGUUUCCCCUCCACCGGGCACCAUGGACCUCAGAAGCGUCUGGGCCUCAGACCUAGAUAAGUACAUCGAAGACCAUCUCCUGCCGGACACACGAUUCCGCCAGGAAGUCAAAAAGGCCAUCGACAUUAUCUGCAGUUUCUUAAAGGAAAGGUGUUUCCAAGGUGCUUUCCACCGCGUGCGGGUGUCUAAGGUGGUCAAGGGUGGCUCCUCGGGCAAAGGCACUUCCCUCAGAGGCCGGUCUGAUGCGGACCUGGUUGUCUUCCUUGAAAAUCUCACCAGUUUUGAGGAUCAGUUAGAACACCGGGGAGAGUUCAUCACAGAAAUUAAGAAACAACUGGAAGCAUGUCCGAAAGAGGAGUUUGAUGUGAAGUUUCGGAUCCAGAAUUCACGAUGGUCCAAUCCCCGCGUGCUCAGCUUYGUGCUGAGUUCCUCUUACCUCAGUGAAGAGGUGGAGUUUGAUGUGCUGCCYGCUUUUGAUGCCCUGGGUCAUUUAACCAAAGGCUACAGACCCAGCCCCCAGAUCUAUGUCAAGCUCAUCCUGGAGUGCACCUCCCGGCAGCUAGAGGGCGAGUUCUCCACCUGCUUCACAGAGCUACAGCGAGCCUUCCUGAAGCAGCGUACAACCAAGCUCAAGAGCCUCAUCCGUCUGGUCAAGUACUGGUUCCAACUGUGUAAGAAGAAGCUCGGAAAGCCACUGCCACCCCAGUAUGCCCUGGAGUUGCUCACAGUCUACGCAUGGGAGCGUGGGAGUGGAGAAUCUGAGUUCAAAAUGGCUCAGGGAUUUCAGACCGUCUUGAGAUUAGUCAUAGACUACCAGCAGCUUUGCAUCUACUGGACAAAAUAUUACGACUUUGAAGACCCCAUUAUCGGAACCUACUUAACCCAGCAGCUCAAGAAACCCAGGCCUGUGAUUCUGGACCCCGCAGACCCUACAGGAAAUGUGGGAGGUGGAAAUCCAGAGGGCUGGUAUCGGCUGGCGCAGGAGGCCAAAGCCUGGCUGAAGUCACGGUGCUUUCAGAAACGGGAUGGGUCCCCAGUGGGAGUCUGGGAUGUGUCGCACACGGCGGACCUUGGGACUGCGUGGCCAUUUCAGCAGAGGGGCUACAUCAGGACAGCCAAAGACGCUGACCUCUGGUGCCAGAGUGCAUACCAGGCAGACCCCCUUCCCCAGGAGGACGGGAACUGGACGUGCACCAUCCUGUGACCCCCUGUGUGUCUGAGGGGAGGCGGCUCCAGAGUCCCCCGAAGAGCCGCCCCAUACCAGGUGCAGCUCUGGACCCAGAGAAAUCGAGGCACUGCCUGUGUCCUAAGCGAGAGGCACCCUUGGGGUCAGAGUCCAGCCCCUGACCCCCCCCCCUUCCUGCUUCUUCCAGGUGCA